CUUUCGCGCCCGUCCGUCUUCUUUCCUUCAACUCACCUCUUCGUGGGCCUGUCGCUCUUUUAGCAUCCAUAACCAGCAACCUUCGCAGCUCGAUCGUAUCUUACCCCAGUCAUUCUUUUUUUGGGCCGAAGAUUGUUUUGUUGUGUUGCUAUCACCCUAGGCUAUCGCCGUCCAUUCACUCUUCGACUACCUCGGAACGAGUUUCGCAUAUACUAUUCUGUCGACAAGCAGUUACGACUGAGUUACGACCUUACGUUGUUAAUACUUACAUCUCGGAGCCUCGCCCGCCACCGUACACUGUAUAGCGUCACGUCGACAAUUCAAAAGACGAGCUUCCCCCGUAUCCAUUACUAGCUCUAUCGAUCACGACUUCGCAUGCGAAAGCGGUCCUAGAGCCAUGGCACAUUCACACCACCAACAUAUGCACCACCAUGUGCGUAAUGAAAACCACGUUGGCUCCCCUAGCAGCGCAAGUCAAACAAUUCACAUGGUCGAAAGGGCCAGCCGCGUUCUUGUAGCUCGCGCCAGCGCAACAUGUACCAACGACAGUGAUCCCGGUUGCACAAAGCCGACUCAAGUACCCACAAUCGCCAUUGCACUUGCCGUCAUUGUGCCUGUCGUCGGUAUCACGAUUGUCCUCUUCUUCUUACAUCGCAGGAACAAGAGGAAGCUUGCUGAGGAAGAUUCAAAAGACAAAUACAAGUCGCACGAUUGGGGCAUGGAGGGUGUGACUAGAGCUGGCAAGAAAGGAGGUCCCGAGAUGAGCGUUUCCGAGAAGGAAAUCCCUGGAGGCCACGACCGAGGUCUAUCAAUCGAGACCGGAAGCCCAUACAUACUGCCUGUUGGCCUGCACGGCUCUCGAGAGUCAUUCCAUUCGUUAUCGCGCUCGCAGCAUGAUCCUCAUGACCCGUACGGCCCUGUAGCUUAUCUAAAGGAUGACCAGAGCAUCCGUAGCGCAACCCGUGGUCCCUACCGAAACGACGCCGGAUCCAUGUACACAACUUCGAGCGCUGGAACAAAGAAGGAAGGCCUUCAAGCCGGUCUGCUUCAAAACGCACAGAGGAUGUCGACUUCGCACCCCAUUCGCGGCGAAUCUCUAUCCCCUGACGGCUCGCGGUCUCCAGACAGCAAGUUCCCUGAACCGGGUAUUCCUCUCAGCCCAUUGAACCCACGAUUCGACAAGGAGUCGUCUCCUGUUUCACCUCCAGUUGAAUCGCCUUCCGCUGAACCCAAGACCCAGUAUGCUGCCUUCAAGCCCACCAAUGUUCCCACCAUCUCAAUUCCCGAGCCUGGUGUUACAGAAAAGCAAGUCAACAAGUCACCCGUCCAAACUACCAACGAUAUUCCCUCAUUGCCACGCGUUCAGUCCCAGGCUGUUGUACUGGAGAACACAAACACGCAUAGCAUCAUCAGUACCUCGAGCUAUGGCGAUGGUUUCCAGAUCACACCACCGUCACCCAAAGAAAGCGAGCAGCCCAAGAUCGUUGCACCCAAGCCUCGCUACUCAACUGGUCCUCAGAACGUUGGUCUUGCCGUAGACGACUUUGGUCACAGCACCAACCGUCUGUCAAUGAGCCUACGUCCUAUGCCUUCCGAUGACCCUCAGGAGAACCCCGAAGAGCGUGCCAACCGUAUCCGAUCUUUCUACAAGGAGUACUUUGACGACUCUAAGCCUGAACCCGCUGGUGGUCACCAGUACACCGACUACGUCGAAGACUAUGGCUCAGAGUACCAAGACGGCACUGUAUUCGACCCGCGCACCGGUGCCUUUGUCGUCGCACAGCCAAACGCUCCUUUUGCCGAGCCUAUUACUCGUCGUGCCAUGACACCCCCACCACGUGCUCCUCCUCGUUUCCGAAGCAACACUGCCACUGGUCCUCGUGGCCCGCACAUGUCUAACAGCUCCAUGGCUUCCUCGCAAUACCCACCGCCACGCGGCAUGUCUUCAAUGAGCGGACGUCUACCUGCGCCAAUGAAGAAGCCACUGCCUCCACCGUCCGCUUUGUCUUCUCUUCCCACACCCGGAAAGCUAACCGAGAACUCGAUGGUUUUCGAUGCUGCUGACUUUGCGCCGCCAGUCUCGUUCCGUGAGAGACAAAACGGUAUACGACCAGACAGCCCACUGGGUGCUCCCAGACCCUACAGUCCCGCCGUGCGACCACACACACCGCUCGUUGGUUCUUAUGACGAGCUUCCCGCGCUACCCAGUCCCUACCUGAUGCGCAAGUCCGGCACCUUCACUGCGCUUGACUUUGCACCACCUGGCCGCAUUCGCGACCCUGCUGGCUCAGGUGCCUCAGAUGCUGGAUCUAUCCGAUCAAACCAUUCUGGUAUCUCAGCGGUCGGCAGGUUCGCUGUUCGCAGCGGUGCCAACCGUGUCAGCAGGAUACCAAGAGAUGUCAUGGGUACCAGGGAUGAUUUCAUGGUACAAUUAAGGCCCAGGAUGAACAUGGUAGAGGGCGCCUAAACCUGUCGCAAUCUGCUCAGCACCUAUCUUUGACGAUAGACACAUCGGCUCGCUGGCAGAGCUCUACUCUCCUACUCGACCGAACAUCAAAAGCUCACAUCAUGUCAAAUUCUAUAUACACUGCUGUUUAGCGGCUCUGACGAUUUCCUUGGUAUCGUGGCAUAGACAUAGCGCGCGCGUUGGCUACUCUCCAUCUUCACAUCACUGCAACAACCUGUACAGGCAGCUUGUCAUGUACUUUUUCCUAUUUUUCUCCAUCGCGGUUGCGACUCUAUCGACCGGCAGAUUACUC